AGGACCCCAUGAAACAGUUCUUGGCUGAUGAGAAAUUCCUUUCUUGCAUCAAGUUUUCUUUCGCUCGAAAAACAGUUGGAUUCAAUCAGCCAAGAGCACAGAACUCCACUCGACGCUGAAAGACCUUCCUGAUUUGAUUCAGUUGUUGAAGCUGAGAUUGCGGCAUGGAUCAUAAUCAGCCACAGCGGCCACCAUACCCGCAGACUCGUCCUCCAGAAUUCGGCGGCAGUUUUUCAUCCAUACUCGCAGUUUUCGCCGCCUUCAUCGCCAUCUUUUCCAUGGUGCUGAUUUCAUCUCAAUCAGACUUCAAAAGUGAUUUUUCUAUUUUACACCAAGUACCAGAAGGUCAUGUGGGGGUAUAUUGGAGAGGAGGUGCCCUUCUGAAGACAAUAACGGAGCCAGGUUUCCAUCUGAAGUUGCCUCUGUUAACCCAGUUUGUGCCUGUUCAAGUGACCCUCCAGUCUGAUCAAGUAAGGGAUAUUCCAUGUGGUACGAAGGGGGGUGUAAUGAUCAACUUCGAGAAAAUCGAGGUUGUCAAUCGCCUCCGCAAAGAAUACGUGUAUGACACCUUGGUCAACUAUGGUGUGAAUUAUGAUAACAUAUGGAUAUAUGACAAGAUUCAUCAUGAAAUCAAUCAGUUUUGUAGCUCUCACAGUCUUCAGCAAGUUUAUAUCGAUGUCUUUGAUCAGAUUGACGAGAAGAUGAAAGAGGCCCUCCAAGGUGACUGUACGCGUUAUGCUCCAGGUAUUGAAAUAAUCAGUGUUCGUGUUACAAAACCUACCAUCCCAGAUUCCAUCAGAAAGAACUUUGAAGACAUGGAAGUGGAACGUACAAAGGUUUUAAUUGCCGUAGAAAAACAAAUGGUAGUCGAGAAAGAGGCAGAGACCAAGAAGAAAAUGGCAAUUAGCGAAGCCGAGAAGAAUGCUAAUGUUAGCAUGAUCCUCAUGGAACAAAAAUUGAUGGAGAAGGAGAGUGCCAGGAGACAGCAAGAAAUUGAUAACCACAUCUAUCUUGCUCGUGAAAAAAGCCUCGCAGAUGCCAAUUAUUACCGUGUACUAAGAGAAGCUGAAGCCAACCAGUUGAAGCUUACACCCGAGUUUCUGGAGCUUAAAUUUAUCGAGGCCAUUGCUGAUAAUACAAAGAUUUUCUUUGGGGACAAGGUUCCGAACAUGGUUUUGGAUCAGAGGUUGCUCGGAAACUUCCUGCAUCAGGUGUCAGAAGAUGUAUCAACAAAAGCCUCUGGGGAGACAAGCUUAGAAAUGUAGAUCCAAGAUUCAUCCUCUAAUGCUCAGCUAUUCUGUUCUCUCUCAUCUUUCUCAACAUUAUUUUUG